AUGGACAAGGAGGAGCAAGAAGACCGCGCGACGUGGGUCCCCGGCGCCCUCAUCGUCGGCGCGGGCCCGUCGGGGCUGGCAGCCGCCGCGUGCCUCGCGGCUCGCGGCGUGCCGGCCACGGUGCUCGAGAGGUCCGACUCGCUGGCCUUCGCGUGGCGCCACCGCAUGUACGACCGCCUCGCGCUCCACCUGCCCAAGCGCUUCUGCGAGCUGCCGCUCCUCCCGUUCCCGGCCGAGUACCCGACCUACCCCUGCAAGGACCAGUUCGUGGCGUACAUGGAGGCGUACGCCGCCGCGGCGGGCGUGGCCCCUCGCUUCGGCGCCAGCGUCGAGGAGGCCGCGUUCGACGCGUCUGCGGGCGCCUGGGCGGUGCGCCUGGCGGGCGGCGAGGUGCUGAUGACCAAGUGGCUGGUCGUGGCGACGGGCGAGAACGCCGAGCCGCACGUCCCGGACUUCCCCGGCAUGCGGCAGUUCGCCGGGCGCGUCCUGCACACGUGCGAGUACAAGUGCGGCGAGGAGUUCGCCGGGGAAAAGGUGUUGGUGGUGGGGUGCGGGAACUCCGGCAUGGAGGUGAGCUUGGAUUUGUGCCGGCAUGGCGCUAAGCCCUCCAUGGUGGUGCGGAACACGGUCCAUGUGCUGCCAAAGGAGAUGUUGGGUGUGUCCACGUUUGGCAUUGCCAUGGCUUUGCUCAAAUGGCUGCCGGUCCAGCUGGUGGAUCGGUUCAUCCUGGCGGCGGCGCGCUUGACCCUGGGCAACACGAGCCAGCUCGGGCUUAGGCGGCCCAAGACGGGGCCCAUCGAGCUGAAGAACCUCACCGGCAGAACCCCCGUGCUGGACGUCGGGACUCUAGACCACAUCAAAUCAGGCAAAAUUAAGGUGGUAGGAGCAGUGAAGGAGGUGACGAGGCUCGGGGCCAGGCUCGCGGACGGCAAGGAGGAGCAGCAGUUCGACGCAAUAAUACUGGCGACGGGCUACAGGAGCAACGUGCCGUCCUGGCUCAAGGAUGGGGGUGAUGUCUUCACAACAGAAGGCACGCCCAAAACCCCUUUCCCUGACGGCUGGAAAGGGCGAAACGGGCUCUACACCGUCGGAUUCUCGCAGCGAGGGCUCCUCGGAACAUCAUCAGACGCCCUAUGCAUCGCCAGAGAUAUAUAUGGCCAAUGGAGGGAAAGAGAAAGAGAACGAGAAAGAGAUAAACCCACUAGCAAUGUGCACGAAGCUGAUAGCUCUGUUUGA